CAGAGAGGAGGUGAGCGUCUCAACAACAACCACCACCCUGGACUCUACUGGACUCUACUGGACUCUACUGGACUUUAAGGGCUGCCGGACCGGACUUGAUUAGAUCACUGGACUCUAUUGGACCAGGUCAGAGUAGUUUUAGCAAAUGAAUUGAAUUGUAGAGCCCCCCCCCCCCCCCCCCCAUGUUCUCUUCACCUCAGCCAACCAUGACCCUCAACCUCUGACUCCUGACCCUCCACUGAGCCAUGGAUACAAAGACCUCUGGAGGCGACAUCGGCACCCCCCCAGACACGUGAACCGGCCCCAGCUCCGCCUCUUCCCGUCACCUGUCACGCCCCCCGCCUGCCGCCAUGUCGGAGGGUCUGCUGCAGGUGGAGAUCCCAGACUUCGGCAGCAGCGUGCUGGGAAGUCUGAACCAUCAGCGCUUGCUGGGACAUUACUGCGACGUCUCCAUCCUGGUCCAGGGUCAGGUGUUCAAGGCCCACCGUGCGGUUCUGGCCGCCUCCUCGCUCUACUUCAGAGACCUCUUCAGCUCCGAGACCUCUGAGCCCGGCGAGUCGUCCCAGGUGACCUUUGAGCUGCCCUCCUCGGUGACACCCGCCUGCUUCCGGCAGAUUCUCUCCUUCUGCUACACGGGCCGCCUCAACAUGGCCGCCGGCGAGCAGCUGGUUCUCAUGUACACGGCCGGGUACCUGCAGAUCCAGAACAUCGUGGAGCGAGGUCUAGAACUGAUGAUGAUGAAGUCCUCAUCUUCCUCGCCGUACUGCUGUGACUCUCAGACCACUUCAGCAGAAGAGCUUGGACCCUUGGACACCCACGUGGUCCGGCAGCACACCACCCCCCAGCCACAGGGGGCCAGUCCAGACCCCCCGUCCAUGAGUCCAGAGGAGCUGCUGAUGGCUGUCAGCAGGAUCAAACAGGAGAGACAAGACUCGCCUCCUGGAGAAGACGUGGAGACCAGAGCGGACUUUGCAGGGGAGCUUCAGUCCGGCACAGGGGGCACUCUGUGUUACCUGGGUGCAGGCGGAGGCCUGGUUCUGGGGCUUCAGCCCUACCUCCUGGCAGGUGGGGGUCACUCCAGUUCGGAAGGUUCCAGCCUCCCGACAGACUCGCCCCCCUCCCAGCCCCCGAUGGAAGAGGAGCUGGAGGACAGCUACCCCUGCAACAGCAGCCAGCCUGGAAUGUUCCAGCACGUGUUUGGGCAGCAUGGGCAGGAGAAGAUGGACUUGCUGCGUCUGCCGUUGGCCAGCGAGCGGCGUGCGUGCGUGCUGGUGGGCGGAGAAAACAUGGCGCUCCCGGCCAGUCUGGUCGGUCAGAUCGGAUAUCGUUGCCAUCCGUCGCUCUACACGGAAGGAGAACCCGGAGAGAAGGUGGAGCUGGUGGCAGGUUCAGGUGUGUUGAUGACGCGAGGUCAGCUGAUGAACUGUCACCUUUGUGCUGGAGUCAAACACAAAGUUCUACUCAGGAGGCUGCUGGCCACCUUCUUUGACAGAAACACACUGGCCAAUAGCUGUGGGACGGGGAUCCGCUCCUCCACCAAUGAUCCGAGCCGAAAGCCACUGGACAACCGAGUGUUAAACACGGUCAAAUUGUACUGUCAGAAGUUUGCUCCAAGCUUCAAGGAGAGCGAGAUGAACGUGAUCGCAGCAGACAUGUGCACCAACGCUCGCAGGGUGCGCAAGCGUUGGCUCCCCAAGAUCCACUCUCUGCUCCCCAACAGCAUCCCCGCCUGCGUCCCCCGGCCCCGCAAGGCCAGGAGGGGGGGGCUCACCGGGCGAGCGGCAGGAGCAGGAGAAGCAGAAACGGACCCGCACCAGCUCAGCGUUACCUCCUACCCGGGCCAGGAGGCCGACAGAGAGGAGCCUCACCUGCGGCUGGUCGGCUCGCGAGGGGGAGGCGGGCCGUCACAGGACGCCGUCCUCUGCGUGUCCUCCUCCUACUCCCCACCGUCCUGCUCCCACCUGGCUGACACGGCACCCCCCGACGCUGAUGACAGGGGGGCGGAGUCUCUUCAAACCAGCCAAUAAGCUUUCUACUGCAGCUGCCUAUUUGUUACGCCUUCCUGUCCCCUCGCUUCCUGUCUACUUGUCUGUCCCCUACCUCGCUUCCUGUCUACUUGUCUGUCCCCUACCAUGCUUCCUGUCUACUCGUCUGUCCCAUACCUCGCUUCCUGUCUACUUGUCUGUCCCCUACCUCGCUUCCUGUCUACUUGUCUGUCCCCUACCUCGCUUCCUGUCUACUCUUCUGUGCCCUACCUCGCUUCCUGUCUACUUGUCUGUCCCAUACCUCGCUUCCUGUCUACUUGCCUGUCCCCAACCUCACUUCCUGUCUACUUGCCUGUCCCCCACCUCACUUCCUGUCUACUUGCCUGUCCCCUGCCUCACUUCCUGUCUACUUGUCUGUCCCCUACCUCACUUCCUGUCUACUUGUCUGUCCCCAACCUCACUUCCUGUCUACUCUUCUGUGCCCUACAUCGCUUCCUGUCUACUUGUCUGUCCCCUACCUCACUUCCUGUCUACUUGUCUGUCCCCAACCUCACUUCCUGUCUACUCUUUUGUGCCCUACAUCACUUCCUGUCUACGUGUCUGUCCCGACCUCACUUCCUGUCUACUUGUCUGUCCCCUACCUCGCUUCCUGUCUACUUGUCUGUCCCGACCUCACUUCCUGUCUGCGUGUCUACAUUCCAGACAUGGGGAAACGUCCGAGCUCUGACUAAUAAAAACAUGGUGGAAUGCCAGCGGAAGCAGCGAGGAAGGCGUGUGAUGUCACACGUGAAUGGCGGCACUGAGGCUGAAUGCCAUGGUGAAUUAGAGGAGAGCGUAGAGUAUGUUCAUGGGUGUUUAUGGCUUAGAUGACACGUGUGAUGAAGAUAUGAAGAUGUGGACUUUUCUCAUGUAAAAUGUAAAAUGUGACCAAGGUUAGAUGCCACCACAUGGAUGCGCUAAUGCACCGCUAAGGCUAAACAAUCAACUUCUUGAGGUCCUCGGCCAUGUUUGUAGUUUACUUUCAACUGGAAAGCUUUGGGAUUGGACCUUGGAAUCUCCGAGUGGUUUAUUUCCAACUUCCCAGGUUUGGAAGGCAGCAUAUCUGUCCCCUACCUCACUUCCUGUCUGUGUGCUCUGCUGCAUGUUACAGCUUCCUGCUGUCCAGCAGGCCAAUAGCAACUGGGCCGAUGAAGAUGAUGAUGUCAAUAAAGCUUCUUG